UUAUAGCAUGUUUGUGCAUGAAGUAAAGGAGUGGGAGGAGUGCUGGAGAGGAAAGGAAAUGAGAGCAUGAGGCAGCGAUCUAAGUUGAAGAAGUGGGACAAACAUCUUCAGAGAGCAAAAUAAAAGACCCAUGGAGUUUAUUGUUUGAAUCCGAGACUGUGGAAAACUGGAAAUGUGCAAUUAAUAGCAGGAGCAGAUCAUUCAAUUCUGUCUCAGCAGCUCACUUUAUGUUGCAGGUAUACCAAGUUUUGGAGAGGAAAUAUACAGAUGAAAAGAUGCACCUUACCUGAGUUGCCAUCAACGCUCUUCUCCCUCAUCCAUUACCCUUGACCUCUCACCCAUAUCUCUAAGUCACCAUCCCAUCAUGACCUUGCUGUGCCGCGGACGCCUGAAGAUUUUAGUCGCAUCUUUAACGACCAUUGUGCUCCUUACCGGACUCUACCUGCUGUCUGAGAACCUGGAGAAUCGUCAGUCCCUUUUCCUUCUUCCUUGUUUGGUGGAUACACCAGCAUCUCAGUUCUUGGAACGAGCUAUCCUCGAGUCACGGGUUCGAAAGGUGGAAGAAGAGAACAGGCAGAUCAGACUACAGCUUAGCCAGUCACAGAACACUGCUACCCAGUCAGCUGAGAGGAACUAUGGCAACCAGCCAUGGGGUGCCUCAGCUGACAAUGGACCAGAGGAUGGGUACAACACAGUGGAAGAGAAGAACAACCACACCGAGUGUCCAAGAAUUCCUGCUGUCCAGAAGUGUGAGGUAAUACAUGUCGCCUGUGUUUGCGCUGGACACAAAACUAGUAGAGACAUGGUCACACUAGUCAAGUCUGUCCUCUUUCACAGGAGAAAUCCUCUUCACUUUCAUUUAAUCACUGAUGCUGUGGCCAACCAAACUUUGAGCACCCUAUUUCAGUCAUGGAUGGUCCCUUCUGUGCAAGUUAGCUUUUAUGAUGCAGAAGAUCUCAAGUCGGACGUAUCAUGGAUACCAAACACUCAUUACUCAGGUAUUAACGGCUUGAUGAAGCUGACUCUAACCAAAGCCCUGCCACAUGAUCUGUCAAAGGUCAUUGUCUUGGAUACAGACAUCACAUUUGCCACUGAUAUUGCUGAGCUCUGGGGUAUUUUCAGGAAGUUCACAGACAAACAGGUCAUUGGUCUUGUGGAGAACCAGAGUGAUUGGUACCUUGGAAAUCUGUGGAAAAAUCAUAGACCGUGGCCUGCACUUGGCCGAGGCUUCAACACAGGUGUAAUUCUCCUAUACCUGGAGCGAUUGCGACAAAUUGGAUGGCCGCAGAUGUGGCGUCUGACAGCAGAGAGAGAGUUAAUGAGUAUGCUCAGUACAUCUCUGGCUGAUCAGGAUAUCUUCAAUGCAUUCAUAAAGCAGAACCCAGCCUUGGUCUACAAGUUGCCCUGCUUCUGGAAUGUUCAGCUGUCUGAUCACACCCGCUCCGAACUGUGCUACACUGAGGUUUCUGACCUCAAGGUAAUCCACUGGAACUCUCCAAAGAAGCUUCGUGUGAAGAAUAAGCAUGUGGAGUUUUUCAGGAACCUUUACCUGACCUUCCUGGAGUAUGAUGGGAACUUGUUGCGGCGGGAGCUAUUUGGCUGCUCGAGUCAAGCUAGUCCAGAGAGCAUCCAGUUGCAGACUGCUCUGGAGGAGCUGGAUGAGGAUGAUCAGUGUUAUGACUUCCGCCGUGAGCGACUCACCGUUCACAGGGUCCAUCUUUACUUCCUGCAGUAUGAAUAUACACCCACAGAGGAUGGGAAUGAUGUCACUCUUGUAGCUCAACUUUCUAUGGAUAGGCUGCAGAUGUUGGAGGCCAUUUGCAAGCACUGGGAAGGGCCCAUCAGUCUGGCGCUAUAUAUGUCUGAUGCAGAAGCUCAACAGUUCCUCCGCUAUGCUCAAGCCUCAGAGGUUCUGAAAAACCGAAAGAACGUUGGCUAUCAUAUUGUUUAUAAGGAGGGACAGUUCUACCCUGUCAACCUGGUGAGGAAUGUUGCCCUGAAGAAUGCAAACACUCCCUACGUUUUCCUGACGGAUGUGGACUUCUUACCAAUGUAUGGUCUCUAUGAUUAUCUCAGAAAAACUAUCACACAAUUCGACAUGGCAAACAACAAGAAGGUUCUUGUGGUUCCAGCUUUCGAGACACUGCGUUAUCGCUUGUCCUUCCCCAAAUCUAAAACAGAGCUUCUCUCCAUGCUGGACAUGGGGACACUCUACACCUUCAGGUACCAUGUGUGGCCUAAAGGCCACGCUCCUACCAACUACGCUAAAUGGAGGACAGCCACCACACCAUAUAAAGUUGACUGGGAGGCAGAUUUUGAACCUUAUGUUGUAGUGAAACGACAUUGUCCGGAAUAUGAUCAGCGCUUUGUGGGCUUUGGCUGGAACAAGGUUUCCCAUAUAAUAGAGCUAGACGCACAGGAGUAUGACCUUAUGGUUCUACCGAAUGCAUUCAUGAUCCACAUGCCCCAUGCGCCAAGUUUUGACAUCUCCAAGUUUCGUUCUAGCACUAGCUACCGCGACUGCCUGAAGACCCUGAAAGAGGAGUUCCAUCAAGACUUGUCCAGGAAGUAUGGCUCAGCUGCUCUCAAGUACCUCACUGCUCAGAGGAACAUUUGAACAAUGCUGUCAGUCAUAAAGAGCUCGUACAUAUAUUGAUUUGAUGCUCUGCGAUGGCCAGCACCAAGUUGCAAUGCAAUGGUAAAGUUUGAUACCCCUACCAGACAUUGUUGGGCCUCUGAGCUGGACUUAUUGUGAUAGGACAAGGCGAACGUUCAACAUGAUGGUAAAAUCCUGAUGUGUAGGAUUCACUGGUCUGAUCCAGGUUUGAUACUGAAAGAAUUAGCUUGAAAGCGUGACUGAAAACAAAAAUGACAAUCAGGAAAAUUCCAGGUGGACAUGAUCCAAUCUAUUCCCAUGGACACCUAGUUCAAGAACAGCAAACAAAGCAGCACAGAGGUGUUUGGAGGGUUAUUUAGACGAAGUGAAUUGGGUUGUGGAAGUCAGUCAGAGUGGAGGAAAUGUUUACACCUUAUGACUUUGUACACAAUUUAGUAAGAUAUUAAAUAUUUUCAUAUGUACACUCUAAAUAUAAGCAGAUUAAUUUAUAGAAGUGAGAGAUGGUUAAUUCACUAUUGUUUUUGAGACCUUUAAAAUAUGAUCCAUUCAAGGCCAGUUUAAUUAUCUAAGUCUAUCUUUUAGCUUCAGGGACUGUCUGGGUGUGUCUGCAUGUGUGUGUAUACUAUACUAUAGAUGCCACACACUGCUAAUACUCUUCAUCAGAGUUAGUCUGGUUAUGUAUGAAUCACUCAGCGAAUUUGCUUAAGCUUCUGCAGAACAAAUGAAGAACAAUAAGUAUAAUUAUAUCCUUACAGGUGAAGUAAGAAGCCAGACAAAGCAGCAGUGAUUGGGAACAACUCACAAUAAAAUUAGUACAGUCCAGAAGCUGUUAUAGUACGAACGAUAAGAUGGUGCUUAGUUACCUGUAUAUUUUGCAUUAUGUCUAAUUCACUGGAUAUGUGUAAUCUACUGAACCCAUUUUUAAGUGGAAUUUAAAUUGCAAAGCACAUUUAUAAAAACAGAACACAAAUUUUUAGCCUAAUGGACCGAAUGCUUCAUAUUCAACUAGAUAAUUGUUUGUUUUCUAGUCAGUAUUGCACAGUUUCAUUACUCAUUAUUAUUCAUUAUUUCAUGUUCAUUAUAUCAUUAUAUCAUGUUCAUUAUUUUAAAGUGUUACAAAAUAUUCGUAAUUAUUGG